AUGUCAGAUGAUGAUGAUGAGGGGCCGUACACCAAACACUCUGCCGGGUCGCGACCUCCAGAUGGAGCGCUGGCCAUCAGGAGGCAGAGUAUACCAGACGAGUUUCGGGGCUGCUCGGUGGUGGAGCUGAUGAAGAAGGAGGGGACGACGCUCGGACUGACGGUUUCAGGCGGCAUCGACAAAGAUGGGAAGCCCCGGGUUUCUAACCUGCGACAGGGAGGCAUCGCUGCCAGGAGCGACCAGCUGAACGUGGGCGACUACAUCCGCGCCGUUAACGGCAUCAACUUGGCCAAGUUCAGACACGACGAAAUCAUCAGUCUGCUGAAGAACGUCGGGGAACGAGUCGUGCUGGAGGUCGAGUACGAACUACCGCCUGUCUCGGUGCAGGGGUCAGGGGUCAUGUUUAAGAACCUAGAAGUCACACUUCACAAAGAAGGAAACAGUUUCGGCUUCGUCAUCAGAGGUGGGGCCCAUGAAGACAGGAACAAGUCUCGCCCUAUCGUCAUAACAACCAUCAGGCCAGGCGGUCCCGCUGACAGAGAAGGAACCGUCAAGCCGGGCGAUCGGUUGCUAAGCAUUGAUGGGAUUCGUCUCCACGGCAGCACGCUAUCAGAGGCCAUGAGCAUCCUGAAGCAGUGCGGGCAGGAAGCCACGCUGCUGAUCGAGUACGACGUCUCAGUGAUGGAUUCAGUUGCCACGGCGUCAGGACCGCUGCUGGUGGAGGUUGCCAAGGCGACGGGUUCCAGUCUGGGCGUGGCUUUGUCCACCUCCAUGUUCUGCAACAAGCAGGUUAUCAUCAUCGACAAGGUCAAACCAGCCAGCAUAGCAGACAGGUGUGGCGCUCUUCAUGCAGGUGAUCACAUUCUGUCUGUUGAUGGGAAGUCGAUGGAGUUUUGUUCUCUGGCUGAAGCCACUCAGCUGCUUUCUGCCUCCUGUCAGACCGUCCGCAUGGAGAUCCUGCCUCAACACCAGGCCCGACCGGCCCUGAACGCACCACAGCACGUCAAGGUGCAGCGUAGUCCCCGCCCCCUCCCCUGGGAGCCGGAGCUCUCGCACAUUCUCGUCCUACUACACAUACCAACCUACACAAUCAGCUGCCAGAUCGCACAACCGCCUACAAACAACCCCUCUCUCCACUCUGACUACAGUCCCACCGUCACGUCCGCAUCAGAGCUGACAUACAUCUGUGACCAGCAUUCGCAGCAGUCUGCCGGAGGCUUUAUCGGAGGCCUCCUCGUUAACGGUGGCCGACCGAUGAGAUUCAAUCAAGCGAGGUCCUUCUGCGAUUGGCCCGUCAGGAAGCUCGUGACCACCGCCUCCUGCGUCCUGCUGUUGAGAGUUGAAGCCCUGCCCUCCGACCAUCAGGAGAGUCGAUCCGCCUCCACCAGGACGCUCACCAACAACUGCUGCUGCACUUCAAACAAUCAGCAUCCAACCGCCCUUUUCUGGAACUCUGUGCCUUCAACCAAAAUUCACCAGUGA